UGAUGGCUAUGUUGGCCUGAAUCUCCCCGUGGGAUCAUAUGUAACUGUUGUUUCACAAGAUGAAUUUGAUAAAAUGGAUACGGAUUGUUCCUUAUCAUCUCAGACAGGUGAAGGAAGUCGUAAACGAACACGUUAUCUACGCCUUUGUCGGCAGUGUACGAAAAGGAGAAAUAAGAAAGGUGGUUCUAGCGGUGAUUACUGUCAGUGCGAAAGUUUAUGCAAUAUGGAAGAUGAGUCAAUUUUAAUAAAAAAGAUUACUUCUAAAAGUUCUAAACCUAUAUCUCAAUCGACGUCAUCUUCACACUCGCAAAAUAAUAAUAAUUCACAUAAAACGUCCUCUCAACCAUCAACAUCUUAUACGGAAAAUUCAAAUAUCUCUCAAGACUCUAACGCGGGAAAUUCAAAUAUCUCUCAAGACUCUAACGCGGGAAAUUCAAAUAACACGAAAACUACAGUAACCAAUACAGACUCCCGUUGGAUCGGCCGGACUGAAUAUGUUCUUACUGAUGUUUCCCCUUAUUUGAUACACGUUCAACGUAUACAAAGUUCACCUGAUGACGGGACCGUUCUCCAUCCUAUAACUUUUGGCAAUUUUUUAAAACAGAACAAAUUUGAAAAUAUUAUUCCCGGUAGUGUAAAACGUAUAGGAAGAAAUAGGUGCGUAGUUGGCUUUUCCGAUUACAAAGACGCCAAUAACUUUCUUAACUGUAAUCUUUUAGAAACGAAAAAGUUAAAAGCCUUCAUUCCGACUUUCAACGUAACAAGGAUGGGGCUAGUUCGUGGGGUCCCUGUAGAUUGGAGUGUAGAGGAAGUUCAACGAAAUGUAUCCGUUCCUUUAGGCUGCGGCAAAAUACUUAAAAUAAGACGUUUGAAUCGCAAGGUGAAAAUUAAUGACUCGGUUUCUUGGAAACCCUCUGAAUCCGUUGUAAUAACGUUUGAUGGGCAAGUUUUACCAAAACGGAUUUUUAUGUGCUAUAAUGCUCUUCCAGUAGAGAUAUAUAUUUUUCCUACAAUACAAUGCUAUAAAUGCUGUCGUUAUGGUCAUACCAAAGUACAAUGUCGUUCUAAGACUCCAAUAUGUUAUAACUGUGGAGGUCAACAUGCAGGUGUCUCAUGUGACAGGUCAGAUGAAGAUCCUCUAUACUGUGUAAUGUGUAAAGUUGAAGGGUCUCAUGCAGCGAUAGACAAGUCAUGUCCAGAGUUUGUGAGACAGACAGAAAUCAAACUUAAAAUGGCUCAGAGCUGCAUGUCUUACGCAGAAGCCAGUAAAUGUUUUCCUUCUGUUAAGCCUUCAUACGCAGAUGCACUAAGCUCAACAAUUCCAGAAGUACCGAAACCUGCAUAUGUUCCCACACCGAAGUCUGCAUCUCGUAACAAUUUUAUUAAUUCAUCUUAUAAAAAGACAGUAUUUUUAAAACCUCGCUCUCCUCCUAAGCAUCAAUAUGGUUAUGAUCGUGUUGUUCAUAAAAAUUUAUUAAAAGAUUUCCAGGUUUCAGAGCCUAAAAAUGGCUGUGCUCUGGUAGAUAAAAGUAAAGAGGAAGAAAACUCUGAUGUCUUAGAAAUGAUACUAGCUUUAUUAAGUACUUUAAUAAACUCAAACUUACUAAAACCGUCCCACGUUGCCUCUAUUAAUGAAAAAAUAAAAUCAAUUAAUGUUAAUAAAAAUAAUGGAUUGCAAAAUAAUUCAAUGGAAUUGCAGGAGUAUUGUUCCAAAGAAACAUGAUUUAAUAUAUUUGUUAAAUAAACAUUCUCCUGUUGUUGUCGCAUUAUCCGAGACGUGGUUAAAGCCAGGAUACCUAUUUAAGGUCCCUGGAUAUACCUGCUUACGUGAUGAUAGAUACGAUGGCUAUGGUGGUGUAGCAUUACUCGUCAGGAACUCAAUUGAUUUUUCUAGAAUAUCGUUUUCUUCAUUAAUCUCUAAUGAUGCCAUUAAUAUUGUCGGCAUCAAAAUUUAUAAUAUUUCUAUAGUUUCCAUUUAUCUCGCUCGUUCCUCUUUUAUUAUUCUCAAUAGCAUUAAUAAUUUACUCUCUUCACUUAGUGAUCCAUUCCUACUAUUAGGUGACUUUAACUGUCAUCACCAAAUGUUUGGUUGUGGCACCACUGACACCAAUGGUGUACAUUUAGUAGAAAUAUUAGAUUUACAAAACUUGUGUUUACUUAAUACUGGCUCACCAACCAGACGCACAAAGCCUAAUGAGAAGCCUAGUGCAGUUGACUUAUCAAUUUGUACUCCAGAUCUUGCUUCUUCUCAUUCUUGGUACACCUCAUCAUCUACUUUUGGCAGUGAUCAUUUCCCGAUUAUCAUAUCCUCUCCUAUUAGACGCCCUCCUUAUCAAAAACGAGAACCUCGUGUGAAAUAUAAAUUAAAUAAUGCUGAUUGGUCUGCAUUUAAGAACCUUGUCGAAUCUAAAAUAAAAGAUUUGCCUGAAUUAGUUAGCGGUGGUGAGACCAAUUCUUCUAGAGCUUUGGCUACAUGUUUAAUAGAAUCUGCCGAUCAGAUUUUUUCUGUUAAACGAAAUCCAUCUAAUAAGAUUCCAUAUCCUCCAUGGUGGGAUAGAGAAUGUAUGGAUGCUGUAAGUAAAAGAAAGGUAGCUGAGAGAGUCUAUGCUGCGGACAUGUCCAAUGAAAACUUAGAUAUUCUCAAUGAAGUUAUUUGUAUUACACGUAAAUUCCUCAGAGAUAAAAAGCAGGAAGGCUGGAAAACAUUUUGUACUUCUUUAUCUCCUUCUACGUGCCCUACAGAAGUUUGGCGCAGUAUUAAACGAUUUCGGUCUGCUUUCAAAGAAUCUUUAUCAUCAUCUUCACUUCCCCCUUCUUUAACAAAUGCCUUUUUAGACAGAUUAGCUCCUCCAUCAGUUGCUGAAUCGAUCUACUUUCCUUUAGAAUCAUCUUUGACAGAUGACUCUUCCUCUUUAAACUCUCCUUUUUCACUACAUGAAUUAAAAGGUGUGCUUUCACAUGUUAAAGAUUCAUCUCCAGGUCAGGAUGGUAUUAUGUACUCAUUUUUAUCUCAUCUUGGUAAUAGUGCUUUAAUGUAUUUUUUAAAUUUAAUAAAUUCAGUCAUGGUCACAGGUAAUAUUCCUGAAACAUGGAAGUCUCAAGAAGUUAUAGCGAUUAAAAAACCUAACAAACCUACCAAUGAUGUUGCCUCAUAUAGGCCUAUUGCGCUGUCCUCUGUUUUAACUAAGGUUGCUGAACAUCUUGUGAAGAAUCGUUUGGAAUGGUUUAUUGAAAACAAUAAUUUCAUAGCCAAUAGUCAAUACGGUUUCCGGAAGUCAAAAUCUACAAUAGACAAUUUAGCUAUAUUAACCACAGAUAUUCGCUUAGCUUUUUCGCGCGAUGAAGAUAUUGUAGCUGCCUUUUUGGACAUCGCUGCCGCUUAUGAUAAUGUGAACAUUUCUAUUUUACAACGCAAAUUAUUAGAGCUACAGGUUCCUACAUUAUUAAUUCAUUUUAUCAUCAAUUUACUAUCCUGCAGAUACAUAUCAUUAUUCGUUCAGAAAGACGGUAAUACUACUGAGUUAAAGCGUACAGUUUUUAAAGGCCUUCCCCAAGGUUCAGUACUUAGCCCACUUUUAUAUAACAUUUAUACAUAUGAUUUAGAAUCAUCUUUAUAUUCCCACAUAAAUGUGUUACAAUAUGCAGAUGAUUUGCUUUUUUAUUCCGUAAAUAAAUCUAUAGAUAUCGCUUGCAAUUUCAUGUCUAAUUCACUUAAUAGUUUAAAUGUGUGGUUAGUUAAAAAUGACUUAAAUUUAUCCGUAUCCAAAAGUUCAAUAGUUGUAUUUUCUAAAAAACGUACAACUCCUGUCAUAAAUGUGACCUUCAAUGGUCAAUCUCUGCCAUAUCAAACAAAAAUUAAAUUUUUAGGAGUUAUAUUAGAUUCAAAAUUGUCUGGACUUGCCCAUUAUGAACAUAUUGAUAUGAAAUGUGCACAGCUACUUAAUAUCAUGAAAUGCCUCUCAGGUGUAUGGUGGGGUGCUCAUCCGUUUUCUAUGAAACUUGUGUAUAACGCUCUUCUCCGGAUAUAAGAUAUGAUAUAGGUGUCGGUAAACAAGAUAUUCUGGAGACAAAUAUUCGUUUCAUGAGUAGCGUUGAGGAACAAAAUUGGAGUGGAUGGGAUUAUAUUUUUACAGAUGCCUCUAAAAUCUCUAUUGAUGAUUGUGUUGGAGUCGGUCUAGUUCAUUGGCAACAUAAAAUAAUACAAAAGAUUAAACUUCCUCCUGAAUCCUCUGUUUUUACUGGAGAGUGUUUUGCUCUUUUAAAAGCUGUAGAACUAGUUAUUUUAUUAAAAUCUAAAAGAACAAUCAUAUUUUCAGACUCAAAAAGUGCACUACGAACUAUUGAAAAAUUUCCAUUCCAAAUGAAACCUUGUUAUCCUAUUAUUUGCGAAAUACGUGAUAAGCUUUUGAUAUGUUCUCAAAGAAAUCACACCAUUAUCUUUGCAUGGAUUCCAAGUCACUGUGGGAUUAAAGGGAACGAGAAAGCCGAUCAGCUUGCCAAAGAAGCUAUAAAGGAUGGAGACUUAGUCCCAUACAUUAAUUAUUGUCAUGAUUUGACUGCUCUUCCCAAAACCUAUCUUUGGGAGUCAUGGAAUGAUGUUUGGUUGAGAAGCAGCAAGUUCAAAGGCAAACUUUAUGCUGAAAUUCAACCCUCGAUCUCCAGUAAACCAUGGUUCUUUAAAGCUAAAAGUUCUAAAAUUGUCACUUCUAUCAUUUCCAGAAUGCGUUUAGGACAUGUAUGUACACCUCAUCAUUUAGCAAGGCUUCGUAUUGUUGAUAGCAAUAUUUGUGAGUGUGGAGAAGAUAUUGGUGAUCUCGACCAUAUUUUCUUUUCUUGUUCCCAAUAUGACCGCACCUCCUUUAUGAAUUCCUUACAAUUAUUACAGGUUCCGUUUCCGACUAAAAUCUCCUGCCUUUUGCUUUAUCCUUUAUUGUAUUAUAAUGUAUUAUCCUCUUUCAUAAUCAAUAAUAAUAUUAAGAUUUAAUAUAUUUAAUUUAUUUUUAUUAAUUUAUUUCCAUAUCUUGUUUUUAACUAGCUUAUCCUUUUGUUUCCUUUUGACGACUUUGUCGCGUGUAGUUUCCCUACCUUUCACUUGAAACUGGCAUAAAGUUAAAACUAUUGCCAUAAAGGAAAAAAAAAAAAAAAAAAAAAAAAAGAUUAAUGUCUAAGUAGGUGUAGGUAAAAAAAACGCGGGAAACCUUUGAAUUUGGCGGGCGCGGUUUUUGUUUGAAUUUGUUGAAAAAUAUUUUUUUUUAAUCUAUUAAGUGAUCAGAAUAGUUAAAACUUGUAUAUAUUUGUAAUUUUUAUUAUUAUUUAAAUUUUUUUGUAUUUUAUUCUUUUUUUCUUCGAGUUGGGGUAAGUUUUUUAUAUUUAUAUGAACGAGCCUCCGGACCCGGGGGGCACAGCGCCCCCCGCGGUUGCAUUUGUCACAAUCUCCAACGAAUCCGGAAUGGAUUCUGACUGCUCUUUGGUGUCUAAAAGGAAGCUGAAGCGUAACCAGCUCCACAAAAUUUGUAAAAAUUGUAACAAAAGGAAAAGAAAAAAUAAUACAGAAACAUUUAAACAAUCGGACUGUCAAUGCAAAGACGAAUUUACUGAGAGCACUAUUGAUUUGCCUGCACCUGGUCCUUGCACUGAUACAUCUUCAAAGCCCGUUCCUCCCACUGAUAUGUCUCAUAAAGCCUCCACACAAAUUGGUAGGGCUAGUUAUGAUGCCAAUGACCACGGCCCGUUUGUGGUACACGUGCAGAAAAUACAGUCUGCUGAUGAUGAUGGUACAACAUUACACCCAGUUGUGUUUGGCAGAUUUUUAAAAAAAAAUUUUUUCAAAAAUAUUGUUAAUGGAAGUUUGAAACGUAUUGGCCGAAAUAAAAUGACACUUUCUUUUAAUAAUUAUACAGACGCUAACAGCUUUGUCACUUCAAACUGCUUAGCUACAAACAACAUGAAGGCUUUUAUCCCAACUUUUAACAUUACGAGGAUGGGUUUAGUUAGGGGAGUCCCAACUGAGUGGUCCCCUGAAGAUAUUAUGCAGAACACUAAUGUACCCAUUGGGUGUGGGGAAAUUCUGAAAAUUAGAAGACUAAACUAUAAAGUCAUGAUAAACAACACACCCACAUGGAAACCUUCGCAAACAGUCGUGUUUACAUUUGAUGGACAAGUUUUGCCCAAACGUGUAUUUAUGUGUUAUAAUUCUAUGCCUGUUAAAUUGUAUAUAUACCCAACCAUCCAGUGCUUUAAUUGUUGCCGCUUUGGGCACACCAAGGUCCAAUGUAGGUCAAAGCCCAGGUGCUUCAAGUGUGGUCAGGGCCACACUGGAGAUACUUGUAAUGUGGAGGAAGACUGUGUAUCUUGCUGCUUAUGUUCUGGGCUGCACUUUGCUUCGAGCAAAAAGUGUCCAUGAGACAAACAGAUAUUAAAGUAACAAUGGCAGAGAAUAGCUUAUCCUAUAUUGAAGCGUCAAAAUUACAUCCCCCCAUUUCUAAAUCAUUUGCUGAUAUUGUAUCCUCUCUCCCAACUAAAUCUGUUCCUGGUGGAAAUACAGUAUUGCCUGGUUCACCAUCCUCACGUACAAUAUCUUAUAAAAAAACAGUCUUCACUAAACCCAGAACUCCUCCUCAACACAGUAAAGGUUUUGAUCAUGUAGCACAUGAGUCUCUUGUAAGGGACUACAAUAUGCCAGAGCCUUCUAAUGGAUGUGCAUUACCAUCCUCGUCUAAUGCAAAUUCACAACAGACAAUAGCAGAGUUAAUUACUAUAUUGAUCAAAUUACUUUCUGAACCCAAUUUAUCUAUACCGUCCCACGCUGCUAAUUUAAUUCGUACUUAUACUAAUAUUAAUAAUGGCCAACAUGGACAAGUUAGUUCAAUGGAAUUGCCGCAGUAUUAUAAACAAAAAGCAUGAAAUUAUACAUAUUAUAAAUACUUUUAAUCCUUUUAUAUUUUCUCUAUCUGAAACCUGGCUAAAGCCAGAUUUUGUAUUCAAAAUCCCUGGUUAUUCGUGCUUAAGAGAAGACAGGGCUGAUGGAUAUGGUGGUGUAUGCCUACUCAUCAGAAACUCUAGCACCUUUUCUUCCUUCCCUCUCCCUUCACAUAGUAACUGCUUUUCUGUCAUUGCAGCUAUUGUUGAUGGUAUCUGUUUUGUCUCUAUCUAUGUCCCUCAUCCCUCCUUGCAAAUCUUCAAUGAAAUUAAAAA